CACACACACACAACCACAGACACACACACACACAGCCACAGACACAAACGCGCGCACACACACACACAGAGUCCUUGAGUGGCCUGACCUGAUAGCCAAUCAGAGGGCUUUGAAGCAGUCUCUGUCCUUUGGCCCAGUAGGGUGUAGAGGGUGAAGUCCAUAGUGUACUAGAAGGGGCCAGGCUGUGUCAGAUAAGACUUCAGAUAUGAUGUUAUCUUGUUUGGUGUAUGUUAGGAAACUGCUGGGUGGCUUCACCUCCUGGUCCGCUGGGUUCGGAGCAGCUCUACCUGCCUCUUACAUCUCUAUCCUCAUGGAACGCAAGAGCAGGAGAGGUCUGCUGACGAUCUACAUGGCCAACCUGGCGACAGAGACCUUGUUCCGUAUGGCUGUCACACGAGGCAUCGUCAACCCCCUCAAACACGGGGAGGUUCUGCUGUUCUGUAUGACAGCAUCUCUUUACAUGUUCUUCUUCAGGAGUAAAGAUGGACUUAAAGGAUUCUCCUUCUCAGCGCUCAAGUUCAUCGUUGGGAAGGAGGAGAUUCCAACACACUCCAACCUGUCCGAGCACAGCUAUCCACAACCCCCGGAGACAUCCGUCAACACAGAGUCACAGAGGUCAACAGGAAGCCCCGCAUCCGGCAGGAAGUCCCUCAUCACCCUCACCAGGAGACUGCUAGAAUCUAUAUGCAAGCAUGGACCCAGACAUCGAUGUUGUAAACACUAUCAGGACAACUGCAUAGUCUACUGUGUCAAGGGCUUCAUCCGUAUGUUCAGUGUGGGCUACCUGAUCCAGUGUUGUCUGAAGGUUCCGUCAGCGUUCCGCCAGGUCUUCACGAAGCCGUCCCGCCUCCCCUCUCUCUUCUACAACAAAGAGAACUUCCAGCUGGGGGCUUUCCUAGGGUCCUUCGUCUCUAUAUACAAGGGGACCAGCUGCUUGCUGCGUUGGGUGCGUAACAUUGAUGACGAGCUCCACGCACUCAUAGCGGGGUUCCUGGCUGGCAUGUCCAUGUUCUUCUACAAAAGCACAACAAUCUCCAUGUACCUGUUCUCCAAGCUAGUGGAGACCAUAUACUUUAAAGGCAUUGAGACGGGUCACCUCCCCUACUUCUCCCAGGCUGACACCAUUAUCUACGCCAUAUCUACCGCAAUCUGCUUCCAGGCUGCGGUGAUGGAGGUGCAGAAUCUCAGACCCUCCUACUGGAAGUUUCUCCUCAGGCUCACCAAGGGCAGGUUUGCUUUUAUGAACAGGAGGGUGCUGGAUGUGUUUGGGACUCAGGCCUCCAGAGACUUCCAUGGAUUCAUGCCCAACAGAACCCCCGUUUCGCCACCCCGACCCUGAGCCCUGAACAGAACAUCACUCUGGGUUGACCCCACACUGUUAGAGGUCAGGGGGUCAGCCAGAGGGGGUGGGGGGGGGUCCUAAAUGGAGCCCUGUUUCCUGUAGAGUGCACUACAUAGGGAACACAUUGGCUCUCUCUAAGGACCUGCGUCUGUGUGAGGACACUUCAUAAGGCUAUUAAUGAUGUUCAACCCGUAGAGGGCAGAUGAUAUUGUAUGUAAAGUAGGGAGGGAGGGAUUGAGGGAGGGAUUGAUUGAGGGAGGGAUUGAUUGAGGGAGGGAGGGAUUGAGGGAGGGAUUGAGGGAGGGAGGGAUUGAGGGAGAAGGUUUUGGGAAACUGCUCUCGCCGGUAGACGUCUGGACAUCUGAGUUGAUUUAAUAUGAGCAAUAUGGCUUAAACCUAUCCGAUCCUCUCAGAUCUGCCCUGGUGAAUAGGGGCUAGGGGAAGGGGCUAGGGCUUGAUUUUGGGUAACUGAAUUAAGGUUAAGAAGGGGAAGUUUGCUGGACGGUUUUCUAGCUGUUGUCUUGGUAGCGCAGGAGGAGGAGCUCUAACCGUGCCGAGAGGGUGAUUUAUCAUUUAUGGAUCUACAAGGUGUUCUGUUGUGGAAACCAACCUUCUGGGGUUACACUGGCCGUGUCCCAAAUUUGGCUUGCGUACUACUUAAUAAAAUGGCAUACUGUGUACUAAUCAUAAUAUAUAUAUACUAUUUAGCAGUGAUGUGGUCGAGUCACUAAAUUUCAAGUCCGAAUCGAGGCCCAAGUCCCUGGUUCUAUACCAGGUUAUUAACCCAGUCAGAUAUAGAGGAGUUAUUAACCCAGUCAGAUAUAGAGGGGUUAUUAACCCAGGCAGAUAUAGAGGGGUUAUUAACCCAGUCAGAUAUAGAGGAGUUAUUUACCCA